UCAGAUUACAGUAGGCUCUCGUGCAUCGUUUGUUAAUCCCACAUUUAAAAGGAUUCCUGUAAAAAGACGAUGAGUUCUCUGCAACUUGUGAAUCCCAGGGUGAGGGGGAUCAGAGGGUCUCCCCACAGUGGACUGCAGAGUCUGGCUGCACACAUCUCACAAGAGAUCACACAGGGGGUGCAGAAACCUUUCAAAGAGGUGAUAGAUGUCAGCUCAGGUGAUCCCCACAAAGCAGGAGUGAAACCCGUGUCAUUUGUUCGCCAGGUCUUGGCAGUAUGUCUGCACCCUCAGCUGCUGAAAAACCAAACUCUUCCUCUGGAUGUCAGGCUGAGGGCCCAGAGGCUCCUGGAGGUCAGCGAUGGCGGCAGUGUGGGUUCCUAUACAGCCUCCUCCGGCAUGCCUCAUGUCAGGCAAAGCAUCGCUGAGUUCAUCACGAGACGAGAUGCUGGAGUGCCUUCACACGCUGGAGACAUCUUUAUCUCUGCUGGUUCUCAGAGGGCCCUGAUGGUGGUUGUGAAGCUGCUGGCCAGUGGGGAGGGGGAGACUCAGACAGGCGUGCUGACCCCGAGACCCUGCCCACACACCCUGCCCCCGCUGCUGGAUGAAGCCGGGGUGACUCUGGUGCCGUACCAGCUGAUGGAGGACCGAGGCUGGGCGGUAGACCUGGACGAGCUGCACCGAGCUUUGAAGACUGCUAGGGGGCGCUGCGAGCCCAGAGCCAUUUACAUCAGCAACCCAGGAAACCCCACAGGUCAUGUGCAGGACAGGAACUCAAUAGAGGAAGUGAUCCGGUUUGCAGCAGCGGAGAGGCUCCUACUGUUGGUUGAUGAGGUGUACCAGGACAGCGUGUACGGACAGGAUAAAGAGUUUAUUUCCUACAAGAGAGUCCUGUUUGAGAUGGACAAAGAGUUCUCAGAGACGGUGCAGUUGGUCUCCUUCCACUCUAUAUCCAGCGCCUGCAUGGGAGAGUGCGGUCUGAGGGCAGGAUACAUGGAGCAGGUCAACAUGGACCCAGAGGUGACACAUUUUGUUGAUACUAUGCUGUGUACUGAUAUCAGUACUCCAGUCACAGGACAGCUGGCUCUGGAGCUCAUGGUCAACCCACCAAAACCUGGAGACCCUUCCUAUGACACAUACACACAGGAGAUUCUCCUCACUCUGGCCACUCUGUCCCAGAAUGCUCAGCGGGUUCAGGAGUUUCUAAAUGAUCUACCAGGCAUGAGUUGCCAGCCAGCAAAGGGGGGAAUAUACCUUUAUCCCUGUCUGCAUUUACCAUCUAAGAUUAUAGAGAAGGCCAAGAAAUUGGAGGUGGAGGCAGAUGUUCUGUACUGUCAGAUGUUACUAAUGGAAGAGGGCAUAUUGUUAGGACCAGGAGGUCAGUAUGAUGGAACAACUGGAAACCACCAUCUGAGGUUGGGUAUCCUUGUUCCUCCUGACACCAUGCAGGAGGUCUUGGAUCGCCUCGGCUCCUUCCAUCUUCGCCUCGUACAGGACAAACUUCCUCACCCUGACGGAGGUAUGAAGGACAAAGUCAUGGGGGGAAAUUUCAGGCCCAUUUCAACUGCAGGAACUUUCCUUAUGAACUAACCUUUUGAGGGACCUCACUCCAUCAUGUUAAGGACUCAUUCCAUGGGUCUGAAUCUUAUGCAGUGUUUCAAAUGCAAAGCUCCUUUGCAAACAACACUUAAGGGUUUGUGACUAAAUUAAAAUGCCUUUAUUUUACUUUAUUCACUUUAUUUUAAAUAUGCAUUUUAAAUUACUCGUCAACAGUAGCGGGCUCACCUAUAUUGUGUUACACUAAUCAGUGGACUGGAAGUGUGGCGCUCUUUCAGUGUGCAAGCCUAUUGGUCAAAAACAAGGAAGUGAUACAUCAUCGAUCAAAGGGAGAAAGAAGGGGGAGGAAGAGGAGGGGAAGUUAUUGUGAUUUGACCACAUCAAUGGCCCAAGCAGCUUGCAGAUCAGAUCAUACUUGGUUUAUUUGCUUCACAGUUUGAUACAAUCUUUUCCUUAACUGUCUUGUGAUACAGUUAUUUAUGCAACAAUACCUAUUUUCUUGUUUUGAAAACUGCAAAUAAAAGAAUCUUUGAAAAUGGCAGGACAUGUUCUUCUUUUACGAACUGAUUCUUAUGAACAUCAACUAAAGACAGAAGAAUUUAGAACACAAUUUCCUCUACAUUGUGUCCUAUUGGAUAGUAAAUGUCUAAACAACACAAACACAUUGUCUGAACAAAGUUCAUGAAAAUCCAUCCUGUAGUUGUUGGCAUAUUUCAGGAAAAAAACACAAAUGUUAGUCU